UCAGUUAAACAAUAAACAGCUAACCGAGAGGUUGACUAAGCACGAAUUUACAAAUAAAUAAACAGAUAUCAUUAAAUAUACAUAUAUAUAAUUGGAUUAAGAUGGAAAAACAGGAGCCGCCACCGUACACUGAGCAGCCGCUGCCGCAGCCGCAACCGCAGCCGCAGCCACAGCUGGACUCAAUGCCUCCUCCGACGGCGCAAGCACAAAUCCGUUUUGUGCCUGCCCAGACCUAUCAGCCAUAUCCGACUGGGCCCACACAGCCACCGAUGUAUCCACCCAUGCAACAGCCGCCAGGAUCUUCAACGGUUGUCAUACACACUACGAUACCGCCACGCGUGCCCGUGGGCCGAGAUCCGACUUUUGUGCACUGCCCCUCAUGCCAAAAUGACGUUGUGACCCGAAUAGAGACUGCGCCCACGAGUCGUACACAUUUGUGGGCAAUGAUGCUAUGUCUAGUUGGCUGCUGGCCCUGCGUCUGUGUGCCCUAUUGCAUGGACUCAUGCAAGAAGACCAAUCACUAUUGUCCUGUCUGCAAUGGCUACAUAGGCAGCCGAUCCGACUAGUGGACCUGACCUAAGCGGGUCAUACAAAUAAAUUAUUUAUAACUUAACUGGCUUUGCUGAUAAGUAAUAAAACGCUGACACUAACUAAC